GGGAGACCAGAUAUAGUGAAUGCGGGGUCCGGGGAGACCAGAUAGAGUGAAUGCGGGGUCCGGGGAGACCAGAUAGAGUGAAUGCGGGGUCCGGGGAGACCAGAUAGAGUGAAUGCGGGGUCCGGGGAGACCAGAUAGAGUGAAUGCGGGGUCCGGGGAGACCAGAUAGAGUGAAUGCGGGGUCCGGGGAGACCGGAGAUAGAGUGAAUGCGGGGUCCGGGGAGAGCGGGGAUAGAGUGAUGCGGGGUCCGGGGAGAGCGGAUAGAGUGGAUGCGGGGUCCGGGGAGAGCGGAUAGAGUGGAUGCGGGGUCCGGGGAGAGCGGAUAGAGUGGAUGCGGGGUCCGGGGAGAGCGGAUAGAGUGGAU